CGUGUAAUACACCGGACGAUACGCAAACUGUACUACACAGCUGACGGACUGGAUCUAUGCACCCCGCGACCUUUGUGUACGGCCCGGUGCGCCUCUUUGUGUCCCUGCGGACGACAAGCCAAUGUCAUUGGGAUUCCUCCUUCACCCGCUCCGCCGCGUCGCGCUCGUCGGCGGUGGCGAUGACCUGCUCCGGGAAGUGCCUGUGUACAUCGACGACUUUUGCGAGCGCGGCGGGCUCGGGGAACUUGACGGACUUCGGCGUCUGUGCGCCCGAUGCAAGGCCCGACGUGCCCUCGCGGGUUGGGUAGCCAUCGAAGCGCUGCGGCUCUGGAGAGGGCGUGUUCAUACGGCUCACGCGCAAGCCACACUGUCCCGGGCUCUGCGCACCGUGCACACAAGCGCCCUCCUCGACGGCUGCGGGCGACAGGUCGACCGACAGGGUGGGGGAACGGUCAGACAUGGCGAAGGUCUGGCCCUGGUAUUCCGCAGAGACGGGCACAGAUGUCUCCCUGACAGAGUCCUUGUCGAUGUGCGUGGGCAGGGCGGUCGCGUUCAAGCGUCGCGCGCCCAGAAGCCAGUCAGGGGUGCGAGUGGCCCGUUGAGACUGGUCCGUCUGGGAACGCGUGAUCGUCAAUGAACGGGACAGGUUCCUGCUGAAGGAGAAGAAGGGGAUGGAGAGACCAU